AUGUCAAAAGAAAAUGAUAUUUCUAAUAAAUAUAAUUCAUGUUCAAAUGAAAUACUUUUAGAAUUUGAAGAACAAAUAAAAAGCACUGACAUGACUCCUUCUAAAAUAAUAGAUAUAUUAAUUGAUACAUUUAAAAAAACACAAAAAAAUGAAUUUGUUAGUCCAGAAGCAUUGGAAGCUCUUGGUAAGAAAGAAGGUUUUGAGUGUUUUCAUGAUAAAUAUGAAAAUGGUGUAACACUUAGUCUUGGAGGAAAAAUUAUAGUGAUUGAUAUAGAUUUAGAAAAAUUUUCUAUUUACUGGAAAGUUAUUCGUGUUGCAACUACAUGGGCAGAUUCUUCUGGGGGACAAUAUUUUUCGCCAUCUACAGAUGCUAUUCUUCUAGCUAAUUUUUCUGAUUCAUAUCGUUUAAAUUUAUUUGAAACUAACUUUCAACGUCUUACAUGUCUUGAUCGCUUAUCAUCUCCACCUAUAUGGGAUCUUUUUUCUAUUAUUAAAUCUUUAUAUUUAUCUCUUAAAAAAAUUUAUGAUUAUGAGCUUGAUAUAUAUUCUGAUUCUGAAGAAGUAUUAUGUGAGAAAUCUGGAAAGCCUGAAUUUGAUGUAGCAAAUAUUGUAGGGUUAAGUCUUUGGUAUUGGAAACAAAGACAUCAUCAUUUUGUUGAACAGAAGUCGUGGAGAGUAAUAAUAGAGGCUCAGGAGUAUGAUCCUACUUUCUCUUCUAUUUUUUCUCUUAACAUUGACUGGAUGAAUCAAAAAGUUAAUUUAUCAAAUAAUGAGCAUGAAUGGAUAAUAACUUCAUCUGAUUUGCCAUUCUCAUGUCAGUUUGUAAUGAUAUUAGAUCCUCCUAUUGUAAUGUGUUUGGAAGAUAUCAAAAAAAUUUCUGAAAUCAUUGGAUUGAAUGAUACCUCUGUUCUUUUUAAAGAUUUCCAGGAUAGUAACGAUUUAAUUUAUGAAACUGUUUUAACUUCUCAAUCAUUACCUAUACAUACAAAAAGAACGAUAUACUUACCUUCUUCAUUAACUCAAGAUCAAUUUUAUACUAUAGAAAAAUCCACAUUAUUUCCUGUACAUAUUGUGAAGUGUAUUCCUUUUUAUCAUCCUGAACAUAUUCAUUUUGUUUUAAAGAUACUUCGAAAAUAUACUGUUUUUCAGACUCUUGUUGAAAGCUAUAUAAAUGAUAAUACAUGUAAAAAUUUUUUAUUAGAUCAGGUUAAAUACAAGACGUCUAUAAAAAACGAAACAAACAUAAACAUAAUAACAUUUUAUGAAAAAGGCCCAGGGAUUGAAAUAUUUUUUUCAACAAUUUAUGAUAAUUUUAAAAUAAAAUUAUCUAUUGCAGAAAAUGGACAUAUUAUUUUGCAAGAUAUACAGACAAAUAAACUACAUUUUGAAAAAAUGAAGCAGCAGAUUGAGCAAGUUUUUCAAGUUUCAAAAGAUAUAGGGAUCUCCUGUGAAUACAUUAAGCAAAUGUUGGAAAAAGAUAAUCAUCUAAAAUAA